AUGUUGGCCCAUCUGUGCAGCAGCAACAGCAAUAUUAACUGGAGGGCUCGCACGAGCCAGGCACCAUGCCAGGCCCUUGAUAGGUAUCGUCUCAUGGGAUGCCGAUGGGACACAGAUGACGGGUGGUCUAAGGUAAUCUUCCACAACUCUUGCUUCUGUUGCAAGCACUGUCACACCAAGCUGAGCCUGGGCAGCUACGCCGCACUGCACGGGGAGUUUUACUGCAAACCCCACUUUCAGCAGCUGUUUAAGAGCAAAGGCAACUACGAUGAGGGCUUUGGCCGGAAGCAGCAUAAGGAGCUUUGGGCCCACAAGGAGGUGGACUCAGGCACCAAGACGGCCUGAGGCCCCUCUGCCAUCCACUGUCUCUGUAGAAGAGGGCCUGGAGAGGGGCAGUGGGAAGGGUGGGAAAGAGAUUGGACCUGGGCUUGGGUUGGGGGGAAGGGUGGGAUGGGGAUAAAGCCAUCUUGCUCAGGCAGAGGGUUGGGGGGCAGGGCUCAGCUCCAGGGUUCCUUCAUUCUCCCUGGGGCCAUGGUUGGGGGUUGUUUGGGAACCAGGAUUGGGUUUUGCUCACCACCCUGCUUCUGACUUCUUUCAGUCUACCCCACCUCACCCCUGGCCCCCUGGGAGGCCCCCAGGCCCAUCUUCCCUUUCUAAGUGCCUUUUCUCCAGCAAGGAGUCACCAUGCCCCCUCAGGGUCCCAAGCUCCCUCACUGCCACCUGGGGCCCUCUGGGGCCCCCAUGUCUCCCCAUCUACCUCUGCCCUUAGCCUGGUUCUGAGCCAUGGAGACGGGAGGAAGGAGAGCCAGCGUGCCCUGGCUGGGCCUCACAGAAUGCCCACGAGGGCCCUGGGGGUGGGGUGGGGAGGGGGAAGUGGAUUAGCCCCGCCCUCCCCUGAAAGAAGAGGCGGGACAUGCCCAGUGGGGCUUGGGACCCAUCUUGCACCAUCAGAGUCAAGAAGCAGAAGCUAAAGCACCUGCCAUGCUGAGAGCCACAGAGACUGGCUGGGGUCUGGCAUGGGCCACGCUCCUCUCCUCUUGUCCCUCGUUGCUGCCGGUUCUGACUGUUGUGAUCAACCCUGUUUUAAACAUGUUUUAACAGAU